GCAGAAGAGAAAAAAAAUUGAGCUCCAGGGUAGAGACUUGUCCAAGGGACCAGAGACCAGAAGUCGGGGCUCCUACCUUCUCUCACUAUGCUGCUUCUUCACCUCUCUGAUAACACUUCCCUUUGCCAGGGGGCACCCAGCUAAUGCACUGCAUUCACACCUGCUCUUAUCUUCUCUCUAGCGUUGCCCUCUCUGUUGUGAGGCAGCACGCUACUGUGGAGUCUACCUUUUGGGCACCUCCGAAUCUGAGGAGUCUUCUAAUCCUGACGCCCCACAUUUGCCUGACUUUGCAGAGCACGAGAGCCCACACCAGGAGGGAUCAGGCAGAGAGCAAGGAGACAGAGAGGAAGAACUGGUGUUCUAGAAGUCUUUUCCACCGGCUCUCAGUUCCACUCCCCUCCAGAGUAGUGGGAUUGCCAGGUGUCGGAGAACACGGUCGAAAAGGCUCAGCUGGGCCCAGCCAGACGGAGCCUGGUGGGGUGUGAGGUCAGGCAGCCGUGCUUGGGUGAUGCCAUGUUCCGCCCCUUCCCCCUGCCCGCAGGUACCUGGGCAAAGAGGGCUGGGCGCCAGCCUCUUACCUGAAGAAAGCCAAGGAUGACCUGCCAGCCCGCAAGAAGAAUCUGGCAGGCCCAGUGGAGAUCAUCGGGAACAUCAUGGAGAUCAGCAACCUGCUGAACAAGAAGGCAUCAGGGGAUAAGGAGACUCCACCGGCCGAAGGCGAGGGCCCUGAGGCCCCCGUCACCAAGAAGGAGAUCAGCCUGCCCAUCCUCUGCAACGCCACCGGCAGUAGUGGCCUGGGCGUCCCUGAGCGGAGCGUCUCCAGGCUGGCCCAGGGCUCGCCAGCCGUGGCCAGGAUUGCCCCGCAGAGGGCCCAGAUCAGCUCCCCGAACCUAAGGACAAGGCCUCCACCUCGCAGAGAAUCGAGCCUGGGGUUCCAGCUGCCCAAGCCGCCAGAGCCCCCUUCUGUUGAGGUGGAGUAUUACACCAUUGCCGAAUUCCAGUCGUGCAUCUCUGAUGGCAUCAGCUUUCGGGGUGGACAGAAGGCGGAGGUCAUCGAUAAGAACUCGGGUGGUUGGUGGUACGUGCAGAUCGGUGAGAAGGAGGGCUGGGCCCCUGCGUCAUACAUCGAUAAGCGCAAGAAGCCCAACCUGAGCCGCCGGACGAGCACGCUGACCCGGCCCAAGGUACCCCCACCGGCGCCCCCCAGCAAGCCCAAGGAGGCUGAGGAGGGCCCGGUGGGCUCUGCCGAAAGCCAGGACUCCCCGCUGAAGCUCAAGUACGAGGAGCCGGAGUAUGACAUCCCUGCCUUUGGCUUCGACUCAGAGCCGGAGCUGAGCGAGGAGCCCACGGAGGACAGCGGCUCGGGAGACAGGCGGCCCACCCAGGCCCACAGGCCCUCCCCCGCCUCCUCGCUGCGGCGGGCCCGCUUUCGGGUGGGCGGCUCUUCAGAGGAUGUGGCCGUGGAGGAGGAGACCAUCUAUGAGAACGAGGGCUUCCGGCCAUGUGCGGAGGACGCCCUGUCAGCCAGACGCUCCUCCCGGGACAGCGACUCCCCCGGGGGCUCUCCUCUAUCCUUGGCCAGGAAAAACUCCCCCAAGUCAGGCUCCCCCAAAUCGUCAUCCCUCCUGAAGCUCAAGGUGGAGAAGAACGCCCAGGCGGAACUGGGGAAGAACCACUCCUCAGCCUCCUUUUCCUCGUCCAUCACCAUCAAUACCACCUGCUCUUCCUCCUCCUCUUCCUCCUCCUUGUCCAAGAACAGCGGUGACCUGAAGCCCCGCUCUGCCUCGGACGCAGGCAUCCGUGGCCCCCCUACAGUCGGGCCAAAGAGGGAUGCCGACCUGAAGGCGGGGCUGACCUCGUGUGCCCGGGCCAAGCCGUCGGUCCGGCCCAAGCCGUUCCUGAACCGGGCAGAGUCCCAGAGUCAAGAGAAGAUGGACAUCAGCACUUUACGGCGCCAGCUGAGACCCACGGGCCAGCUCCGGGGCGGUCUCAGGGGCUCAAAGAGUGAGGAUUCGGAGCUGCCCCCCCACACGGCCUUCGAAGGUCCCAGUGAGGGGUCCAGAAGAGGCUCUGCUGACCUCAUUACCCCCCCAGCCGCCACACCCCCGUGUCCCACCAAGAAGGGACGUGAAGGGCAGGCCACCUCCUACACGACAUGUAGCGCCUACCAGAAGGUCCAGGACUCGGAGAUCAGCUUCCCUGCAGGCGUGGAGGUCCAGGUGCUCGAGAAGCUAGAAAGCGGCUGGUGGUACGUGAGGUUUGGGGAGCUAGAGGGCUGGGCCCCUUCCCACUAUCUGGUGCUCGGCGAGAAUGAGCAACCCGACGCCUCUGGCAAAGAGCCAGACACAGUAAGCCCCAAAAGCAAGCAGAACGAGGGCAAGUCCGACAGCCUGGAAAAGAUCGAGAAGCGGGUCCAAGCAUUGAACACCGUCAACCAGAGCAAGCGGGCCACGCCGCCCAUCCCCUCCAAGCCCCCCGGGGGCUUCGGCAAGACCGCGGCUACCGGCGCCGUGAAGAUGAGGAACGGCGUGCGGCAGGUGGCGGUGAGGCCUCAGUCGGUGUUCGUGUCCCCGCCGCCCAAGGACAACAACCUGUCCUGUGCCCUGCGGAGGAACGAGUCACUCACGGCCACCGACGGGCUCCGAGGCGUCCGCCGGAACUCCUCCUUCAGCAGUGCGCGCUCAGCUGCCGCCGAGGCCAAGGGCCGCCUGGCCGAACGGGCUGCCAGCCAGGGCUCGGACGCGCCUCUGCUGCCCGCCCAGCGCAACGGCAUCCCCGUGUCCCCCGUGCACCCCAAGCCCAUCGAGAAGUCCCAGUUCAUCCACAACAACCUCAAAGAUGUGUAUGUCUCCAUCGCGGACUAUGAGGGGGACGAGGAGACAGCAGGCUUCCAGGAGGGCGUGUCCAUGGAGGUCCUGGAGAGGAACCCCAACGGCUGGUGGUACUGCCAGAUCCUGGACGGGGCGAAGCCCUUCAAAGGCUGGGUGCCCUCCAACUACCUGGAGAAAAAGAACUAAUGGGAGGCCGUGGGUCCUUCCAGCCUGGGUGUGGAUGAGUGGUGAGAUGAAGACAAAGGGGAAAGGGAAAGUGGGAGGGGGUGGGGGGGGCCGUUAAACCCUGCAGAAUGCGUGAGCUCCGCCAUGCUCCCCUCCGGGCUGUCCCCCGGCCGGCAGGUAAGGUCUGGCGGGGGCCCACACUGAGCGGGGGGAGCACCGGGCCUGGGACCAGAGGCGAGAAAGCUGAGCCCCGUGUGGGCACCUCGGUGACUUGGCUGAUGCAUCUGGCACCAUUUGGGGCAGGCCAGGGGGGAAACUCUUGAUUGUGACUUGGCUGCAGAUCUGGAAAAGAUGUGAUGGCAGGGGCCUCCCGUGCCCUGCCCCUGCUCAGCCUGGUUUCUGUGGCUAGCACCUCGCCACCGGAGGUGGUCCUUGGAUCAUCCUAAACCUGUAUUCGUGAAUUGUGCUGGUUUCCCCGGGACUGCGGCCGCCCACCGCGGGUGGCGCUGGGGCUUGGAGGCGUCUCCUGGGAGCUCAGCCCGUCCCUGGGCUGAGCUGUCACUGUCUGUCGGUUGAAGAGAAAGCAGUUCCGCAGGUGCCAGCAAGGACCACCUUGCUUACCCGUCACUGUCCCUGGCCUUGAGAAGAGAGUCCCCUGCCUGGGGCACCCCAUCUGCAUUGGACCCACAGCCCCAGAGUUUACAGAGCGGGUGGGCGAAGCCAUCGGUCUCUUCACCGUCUGCACAGACUUUAUUUUGGGUGUUUCUGGGUGGGCAGUUCUUUUGCAUGUUUUGGGAGAGGUUUAUUGAUUUGGGGCUUCUAUGUCAGCCCUUGGGUUUUGGUCUUAUUUUAGGGGUUGUUUGGGGGCCCAAGGGCGGUCAGCCUCAUGGGGGAUGGGACGAGGAGCAGAUGGGGCUUUUCUGUCAUGCUCUUGCUGGGAGGUUGUUGGUUGUGUUUGCGUUUCACUUUCUUUCCCUCCACAAGCCAAAGUCCCUUCAUUUGGUUCCCACUGUUGCCGACAGGACCCUAGCAUGGCGCUUGCUGGGGGGGCCUGGGGGCGGAAGGCCCAGGUCCCAGACGUGGCAGAGCAGAGACGCCCCAGUGGGGGCAGAACCCUCCCCAGGAGGGAGGAGGGGCUUGUCCAGGAGAGAAGGCAGCUCUCAAGCUGCUGGGUGAGCACCGUUCUGCGUCCGUUCUCCCGCCUGGGCAGGACCAAAAACCCUUACCUGUGAACUGUGGAGAAGCACCCAGCGCCCCCACCAAGGGCUGAGGGGACCCCAGCUGGGCGGCCACCAGCCACCCCCUACCUACACAUGAUGCCACAGGUACCCGAAAAGAUGGAGGACCCCCAGGCCGGGAGCCAACCCGGUCUGCCCAAGGGGCAGUGCCCCCCGUGAAGAGAGGAGAGAAUAAAGUCCCUGUCAACUUUG